AUGCCCGUACCCCGGGCCACAGCGCCAGAUUCCUCACUAAGUCCUAGCGCGUCAGGAGGCCAUGGCUUAAGCGUUGGUGGCGGGAACCUCAAGAUAGUCGGCGUGCUGCUCGCCAUAUGCUCUGGAUUAUUGAUUGGGUCGAGUUUUGUCUUCAAGAAGAAGGGGCUUCUGAGUGCACAAGCUGGACGCACGGCUGGAGAGGGUGUUGCUUAUCUCAAGUCGCCAUUGUGGUGGACCGGAAUGAUAAUGAUGAUUGUUGGUGAACUGUGUAAUUUUGCGGCGUAUGCGUUUGUCGAAGCCAUCGUUGUCACUCCCCUGGGCGCCUUGUCUGUUGUUGUUUGCGCCAUUCUCUCCUCAAUAUUCCUCAAAGAGAAGCUCACGUUCUUCGGCUGGCUCGGCUGUACCCUUUGUAUCCUCGGCUCAGUUAUCAUCGCUCUCAACGGUCCUUCUGAAGCCACCGUUGGCCAGAUCACUGAAUUCCAGAAGCUCUUCCUUUCGGUCGGGUUUCUGGUCUACGCUGGAAUCCUCAUCACCGCCUCCCUCGUUAUCAUAUUCUACGCUGCACCGAAAUGGGGCAAGAAGAGCAUGCUUUGGUAUAUCUUUGUGUGCAGUAUGAUUGGAGGAAUCAGUGUCAGCGUUACAACUGGUCUAGGCGCUGCCAUAGUCACCACUGCUGGCGGCGAUAACCAAUUCAAACAUUGGUUCAUGUACUUCCUAAUCGGCUUUGUUGCGGUUACUCUCAUAACGGAGGUGUACUACCUCAAUGUUGCGCUCGCGCUAUUCAAUACCGCAAUGGUAACGCCCACAUACUACGUCAUUUUCACGUUUUUCUCUAUUGUAACGACAAUCGUCCUGUUCAAAGGUCUAUCCGCAUCACCAGCAGCUAUCAUUACCCUCGUCAUGGGCUUCUUGGUCAUUUGCGUUGGAAUAACGAUCCUGCAAAUGUCUAAAGUUGAUCCUGAAGAACUGUCCAAGAAGCUGGACCGAAGAAGUACUAUCCUUCUGCAGGCAGCUCGUAGCCAGACUGAGGCGAUGGAGGAAAAGAGUAUGUUGGGAGUUGAAGACCCCGGGAUGGAUGCCCUGCGUGGUAGUUUUGGAACAGUUGGCAGCAUUAUCCGUGCCCGAAGCGCCCGUCGCAUGUCACAGUCUUCUGUUGCCAGUCGACCACCUGGCGCGAUGGCUCCAUAUGAUAGAACCCGCGCCAACUCGACUAAUCCGCGAUUGGGGCCUGACAGCAUUCAGCGACACCAACUCUACGAUGCUCCAAUGCCCUCUCUUGAUCUAGAAAACCGUAGCACCAGGAGCGAUAGCACAGCGACAGGUGUUGGUGUUCAAAAACGGACAACAAUCAAAUUUGGCGCUGAAGAUGUUAUUCACCAAUACCACCCAACCGGUCCGGGCACUCCCCGACGGGACGAACACGCAAUUCACACGAAUCGGCCAGCUUUUGACUCUCCUGCCGUUUCCCCUGGUCCAUUACCAGAUCACUCAGGCUACCCACCACGGACAAGAGCGGAUACAGAACCAACUUCGGGCGUCGCGGGUAUUGGCGCUGCUGGAAGCAAGGACCUUCUGUUGGCUGAUGUUGACGAUUCUGUCCCACUACGACACCAAACGCUUUCAUUACCUGAGGCAUACUCUUCCGAAAACUCUACUCAAAGUGCACCCUCAACUGCGGUCCCCAGAAUGCCACCUGCAAGGCGGAUGGACUCGCGUGACAUAUUCAAUGAGGGUGGUGGACAGGUAAGCGCUGGGGACAGCCCACAGAGCGGCACUCUGCUGAGCUUCCCCAGCGUCACUGAUUCUGCCCGCUCUGCCAACUGGGAGGACGGCGGUCCACUACCACCUGUUCCUUCACUUCCAACUGUGUCUGGUUCACCUGCUGGAAGUCAAAGAAGCAACGCCUCGAAACGAUACCCACUAUCUGGCGGCCAGGAAGAUCAAGAUGAGAGUGUACGAUUAUGGGAGCGCGGUGGCCGAGAUAGUCCAACGGGAACGGAAUCUACUGAGUCAGCAACUUCGGCGGGAGGGAUUAGACUGGUGCAACCUGGCCCGCGGUUCUGA